GUGCACGUUGUAGCCACCGACGCGUGCGCACGCAUCUUCCCAAUAUUAAGCCGCGUAUUAGAUACGUACGUACGAGAUAAAGAAAUAUUUAAAGAAUUGCCAUUGUCAUCAAUGAAAUUAUUAUAUUUUAUGUUUUUAUGAAUAUUGUUUUUGAUUGAUUUACGAUAAUUAAAAACUUCCGAUCAGUGAAGUGGUAAAAAAACUAUCAGUGAAGUGAUAUUGAUUUCGAUACAGUGUUCAUUGUUUUGGAGAAAAUGAAGGUCUUGACAGCAGAAGAUAAAGUUGCAUGUGUUGGGAAUGAAAAUGAACCAAGAGUUGAUGUUACAGAAGCGAAAUUAACGAAGGAGGAGUUAAAUAGAGGCUGCCCUCUCGGAGUAUCACGUGUCAUCAACUCUGUAUAUAUAUGCGGUGCCCAUGCUUUGCCUGGAGCUGUGAAAGCGUUACGACCAGGACUUGUAAUAAAUGCUGCUCCUGAGCUACCACCUCCACCAGAAGAUUAUGUUCCAAGACAGUACAUACCACUGCUUGAUACCCCAAGCUCUGAUAUGUAUCCAUUUAUGGAACGUGUCGCUGACCUUAUAAAUGAGGUCGUAACAAGAAACGAAGUGGUGUUGGUACAUUGUGUGGCUGGCGUUUCACGAUCUGUCACACUCUGUUUAGCUUACCUUGUCAAAUGGCACAAGAUGACUUUGUGCGAAGCUUAUCAUCACAUGAAGCUUAGACGACCACAAAUUCGACCGAACACAGGUUUCUUCAAACAACUAAUCAAAUUCGAAGAACGACUUUUUGGUGAAGCGUCAGUUAAAAUGGUUUAUUGCGAAGCUAUUGAUAAAGAGAUUCCUGAUGUAUAUGAAGCAGACUACAGCGGAAUGACGUGGUUUAGGCAACGAUAUGGUCCAAUAGAAAAAUGAAAUGAGAUGAUUAUUAAAAUGUUAAGUAAGAUUUAAUAUUAAAAUUAAAUAGUUAUAUUUAAAUGCAAAGAUUUGCUCCGAUUAAAAUAAUUUAUAUUAAGAGGGAUCUCAAAAAAUUUCGAAAGAUAUGCAUCAUAUUUUAAAUUCAAGACAACCUUUUAACCAUUCGUAAGAAAAGAACAUUGAACUAAUUUAAAAAUUAGGCACGUGAUUGUUUUAAAAGAUUGUUCGGGUAUGGUAAUGAUUUAAAAAUAUAUGUGUUAUGAUAUGCUGAUUAAGACUGAGAUAUGAAUGAUCUAGCUUAAGGUAAUCGUCGUAAAAAAUUAGUUUCUCGUAUUAUUUGAAAAAAAUUAAAAUAGAGAACUGAAUUUUUGUUACGUCAAAAUAAUUGGAUUAAGUAAAUAAUUGUGAUUAUAAUUCAUAAAGCUAACGAUUUGUUUCUUAUCGCAUGUAUUUAAAAUAUCUAAAUUUUUAGCUUUCAUUAAAGAAAAUGGAAAUGAAAUAAAAGAAUUACAGCCUUUAUUAUAUUACGAAUGUUUUAAGUACAUAGCUCAUCUUUUUAAGUUUAUAGGUGUUUUUUAGUAUUGUGAUAAUGAAAAAUG